AUGAACACUUCUACACCAAACACCCAUGAAAAGGUCGUCAUUAUUGGCUCAGGACCGGGAGCUCAUACAGCUGCGAUUUACCUUUCCCGAGCCGAACUCCAGCCCCUCAUGUUUGAAGGCCGCUUGGCGGCAGGCGUAGCAGCGGGUGGGCAACUCGCUACUACUACGGAUGUGGAAAACUUUCCAGGAUUCCCCGAUGGCAUUGGAGGAUACGAGUUCACCGAGAGGUUGCGGGAACAAUCUAGCAAGUUUGGAAGUCGCAUCCUCACCGAGACUGUCUCCAGAGUUGAUUUGUCGCAGCGACCAUACACCAUCUUCGGAGAGAGUGGCACUGUCGUAACCACGGAUUCCAUCGUCAUUGCUACUGGAGCUACAGCCAGGAGAUUGGCGGUGGGAGAUGAAUACUGGCAAAGAGGAGUCAGUGCUUGCGCUGUUUGCGAUGGGGCAGCGCCAAUUUUUCGUCGGAAGACACUCAUCGUGGUGGGCGGAGGCGACUCAGCCAUGGAAGAAGCAAUCUUUCUGACAAAGUACGCGUCAAAAGUGAUAGUGGUGCAUCGUAGGGACGACCUUAGAGCGUCCAAGAUCAUGGCCACAAGAGCUCGAAAGAAUCCCAAGAUUGAAUUCCUGUUAUCUCACGAAAUAAAUCAAGUCAAAGGGGAUGGAAGCCUGAUGACGAGUGUCCUUUCUAAAAGUUUGAUUACAGGAGAAACACUGGAAAUCCCAGCCUCUGGUCUCUUCUUUGCCAUUGGCCAUGAACCAAAUGUGAAGUUUUUGGAUUCCCAGGUGGCAUUGGAUGGCAACAACUAUAUCAUUACCAAGCCGGACUCUACUACUACGAGUGUGCCAGGCGUCUUUGCAGCGGGCGAUGUCCAAGACAAGAAAUGGCGACAGGCUAUCACAGCAGCAGGAACAGGAGCCAUGGCUGCGCUAGAAGUCGAAGCAUAUAUGGAGGAAAACAUGCAGCAGCACGAAACUGAAGGCUUGCCAUCCCCAGCAGCGUAA